AUGGAUCUGAUGCAUGCUGGGAUGGUUUUGCUGUUGUUUUGUUCUGCUAAUCAAUUCAGAGGUGGAGCGAUGUAUGGCCCGUUUAUGCAAGACCCUGAGUGGGAGAGAAUGGCUACAGUGAUGGCUGAAGAAAUGAGAGGCCCGAAACCACAUUAUUGAAGUGCUGAUUGAUCUUCAACAGUUGAAGCAAAGAACGUUCCAGCCUCUGAGGACCAGAAAGGGCUUUUCAAGCCAGCUAAGGGAGCCAGGCACCUGCCUAACUCUGUCAAAGAAACAGACAGAAGACUGCCUCCAUUACUCCUCAAGUGGAGCAACCAGACCAGACUGACGCCCUCAGCAUCAGGGAACGAAAUCACUGGUUCCAAAACUUACACCGUGGGCUAGCUGAAGACAGUGUACAUCAACAACUGCUUCAUGACUUUGUUAACAUGCUUUAUUCUCUCUAAUUGCAACUGUGUGGUUGAAAGCAAAGUGAAAAAAAAAUUAAAGUUCCUAACUUUCACUGUCCUAAAAUUCAGUGUCGGUACCUUAAUCUUCAAGGACAAGGUUUCCACUUCGUUAUCAUCACAACAACUCUACAUGUACUGUGACAUUUUUUUGGGGAAAUGUACUCCAACUCAGAGUUUAAAGGCUUGCAAUUAUGAUCAAGCUACCAAAACGUGA